AUGGCAUACUUGGAUCAGGAUCCGGGUACCCAGUACAACUAUUUCGCCAUACCUAGGGAACCUAGUACUACGUUACUGCGCUAUGUAUUUUGGGCAUUUGCUCCAUGCAUUGCUGCAUUUAGAUAUUGCAGGCCAGUAAUCAGUAUUGAUGAGACUCAUCUGUAUGGUAAAUAUCGAGGGGUGUUGAUGAUUGCAAUGACAACUAAUGCUAACCAAAAGGUUUUACCUCUCGCCUUUGCUGUUGUGGACAAGGAGUCAGGGCAUAGUUGGGGGUGGUUUUUAGAGUGUCUCAGGAGUUCGAUAGGGCAUGUGAUACCUAAUGAGUGCAUUUGCAUUAUUUCUGAUCGACAUAAAGGUAUCAAAUGCACCAUUGCAGAGUGGCCUAGAGGUGAUGAUGGAAGCAUAUGGGUAUUUCACCGAUAUUGUCUUCGACAUGUUGAUAGCAACUUCAACACACACUUUAAUGACCCGACUCUAAAGGCAUUGGCCUUGAAAGCUGGAUAUGCGACUCAUGAAGCUAAAUUUGAGUCCAUAAUGCAAACCAUUAAGGAUGUCGAGAUUAAUGCAAUGAGCGGUGUAGAACCUGAUGAUCCCAUUAUUGCCCGCCUGAUACCAUGCACAUAUCUAAUAAGUGAGGAUCUGGACAAAUGGACCCAGUCACAUGAUGGUGGAAGACGUUACGGGGCAAUGACAACCAAUAUCUCAGAGUGCUUUAAUAGGGUACUUAGAGGUACCCGCGGUUUGCCCAUUGCUGCAAUGGUUAAGUUCACUUGGUGCAAACUUGUUGCAUAG